AUGGCAAGUAUGGGAACUCCUCCAAGGUCAGUGGAUCCUCUUGUUGUAGGAAAAGUGAUCGGAGAUGUUAUCGACAUGUUUGUUCCAGUGGUUGAGUUUACUGUCGAGUAUGGUUCAAAACAAAUACCAAAUGGAGUAGAAAUAAAACCGGAUGCAGCUGCACAAAAGCCUAGAGUCCAUAUAAAGGGUUCUCGUGAUUCUAAUAAUCUUUACACCCUUGUAAUGGCUGAUCCAGAUGCUCCUAGUCCCAGUGACCCGACUUUUAGAGAAUGGCUCCAGUGGAUUGUCACAGAUAUUCCAGAGUGUGGCGAUGCCUCUGAAGGAAGGGAGGUGCUGGAAUAUAUGGGACCAGCGCCACCAGCAGGGAUACAUCGAUACGUGUUUACUUUGUUUAGGCAGACAGAGGCGGAGCAAGUGCCUCAUAAACCACCAGAAGGGCGUUCCAAAUUCAAGACUCGCCAGUUUGCAAGUGACAAUGGACUUGGUCUUCCUGUGCUGCAAACAAGAAACGUUAGCUAG